AUGUUCAUCAUUGUAAUAGUCUUUAGAACUUCUGGUAGUAUUUUACACAAUGAGUUGGUGUUUUUGAAGUCAUAUUUUUCUUGUAAGCACACACGUCAAAUAAA